AUGUGGGAGACACGUUUAAAAUUGUCCGAAGAUUUCAAGCGACGUUUUAUGUUAGAUCCUAACCGGGUUUAUCCUAUAAACACACCACCGUUAACCCAAAAUAUUCCAACACAAACUACUACCAAUACUGUAAAUGACCGGAUUGAUGAAAUGUCUAAAGAUACCGACGAUAUAGGUGAAUGGCUAUAUAAUCAAUUUUUCAAAACUAUAGAAACUCAGGUAAUAAAUAAAACAAACGAUGACAAACCUAUGACAAGAAGGAAUAUGAACGACAUAUUUAGCAUUGAUAAUGAACCUAAACAUAAUGAUGGUAUAAAUACUCGAAGCAGCCGUAAAAACAUGGAAGCUGGAAAUAAUACAAAAAAAGGUAAAAAAAAAAGUAAAUCCCGUAAGUCUUCGAAGAGCAGAGGUAAGAAAAGUAAGUCGAAAGUCCACGGCUUGAGAAGAAAAUUGCUUCGCAUCACAGAAGACGAUAGUUUAUUUGAUUCGGAAUCAGCGUCUGAAUCUGAAGAAGAUGCUUCAACAAGCAGCAGCUCAAGUUCCGAAAGUGCCGGUAGCGAAGACAAAAAUGAGAAAGAUGAUAGAGAUCACGGUCAUAAAAAAGUUAUAAUAUUUAAUAGAAGGCCACGUCCGCCAUUACCAUCAUUUAUUUUCUUGCCAAAUAUGGAUACACCUUAUUAUCCACCAAUAGGUUUGCCACCACCACCGAUUCUGCCUAUGUAUCCUAUGGUACCAGUACCUCCAAUGGCUCCGUUUCUUCCUGUUAUAGAAAAGGACAACAACUGCCAGAAUGCUACAAGUAAGCCUGAGGGUUCCACCGAUGCAACCACUGCAACCAAAGAGUCUUCAAGUGAGCCUAACACGGCAACUGAAGAACAAGAUCAAACAACCGUGCCUGACUCUAACACUCUUAGAAGUGGCAAACGCUCCAAGUCUAAAAUUCGGAAGCAGAGCAAACCGGCACCUACAAUGAAUUCUGAAGAACUAUUUUUGAUGCGAUCUAGAGAUCUAGAACCUAGUGUACACCUUACGAAGCAGAUGGAGCGAAUGCAAUUAAUAAAUACUUUAAAAGAGAGAUUAAAAAUGAAGAAGAAUAAACAAAAGCACCGUGACAAUGACGCAAAUGCUUCAGAUGAAAAUAUUGAUUUAUUUGGUGAUGCCCUUGAUGUACCAGAUCACAUGCCAAAACAUGUAAAUAAAAAAAAAAUAGACCGGAAUUUAAAUGACGUUAAUUUUAAAUAUUUAUCACAGCUUAUACAUCGAGCAAAAUUAAAUAGCACUGAAAUACCACCGUUAUUCUCUAAUAUUAAUGAAAAAAAAAUGGAAAAUUUACAAAAAACCCGUAGAAUAUACGAUAAAGAAAUCCCAAUCAUUCAUUAUGAUGAGGAAAACGUUACGCCAAGAGGUUCAGUUAUAAAAGACCAGAGCGACGAAUACUUUAUGAAGCUAGGAAGACAAAUAGCUUCUUUGAUACGUAACAAAGACGUUAAGUUACUAAAUAAGGCAACAGAUGCACCAAAAGCAAAUAGUCUACAAGAAUCAAUCAACUCUAUAUUAAAUGAAAACAGAUACGCGCCUCGCUCUUAUUGGGAGCGAUUUGUGAGGUCACCCUUGUCAAGACUAAAAUCUUACUUGUCAAGCUUACGUUUUUACAAAGAAGACAAUCUUUUUAGCUUGGAAGAUGAGGUUAAUACGUUUGCAAGUACCGCGAAACCAUUAAGCUUACAAGAUAUAGAAAAUCUAUUAACAUCUGUACAAAAAGACAAUCCUAAAUUGAAUAACACCUAUAUUUAUCCAAAGCCGUCAGAGGUUAGCUUUAACGUUAAUUUACUGCCAAGAAGAGACAUAAAACUCGAAAAUCAUUUCAGGAGAAUGCAUGAAGCAUCCGAUAACUAUGUUGCACGGGCCAUAAAAUCAUCAAAUUUAACAAAAGAACAUCAGAAAACACUAAACAGUAAUACGGCUAAUUUCCUAGAUGAAACUAAAAAUAUUUGGCCUAUGUCAAAAGUCUCCAAUGUUAUGCCCACAAGAGUAUUUACUGCUAAACUAUCUGAUCAGCCAGUAAUGAAUAUUAUGACAAGAAAUGAAUCAUUAGAUAGCGAUAAUUCAAAUAACAGUUCUAUAAAAUAUUUACCUUUAAACAACAAAAUGAAUACAAAAUUAAAAAUAUCUCAAGGAGAAUAUUUGAAAUUUCUUAAAAGAAAUCCCGUUGUAAUAAAUCCCAACAUAAAUAAGUCAGGAUUGAAUAACUAUCCUGAACUUCUUGCAAAAUUUAAUGUACUACCCGCAAAACAUCGUAAGUUACCUGAUAAAUCUAAAUCGACAUUGAUUCACUACAAUAACUUAAAUUAUUUUUCUGAUCAACACAAACAACAUUACUUAUUUGAAGCCACGUAUCCAUUGGACAUGCCAAGUUUAAAACAAAGUUUUUCUAAGCGUGUCGAAACUGAUAAGCCAUCAUAUUUUCAUCACGAAUUUCAUCAUUUUGAUUACUUCGAUUAA